UUCCGUGUGACUGGAACGGAUGAACGGCAUCUCCAUUCAUUUCAAUGGGGGAAGUGGAUUUGAAAUCCGAGUGUUUGGAGUCACGAACGUGGUCAAGGUACAAACAACAUAGCACGCCGUUCGUAUCAUCGAAACGUCGCACGCGGGGAACGACGUAGCAAGCGAGAGUCCGAGAGAAAGGAAGAAAGAGCGAGUGAGGUAAGCAAGCAGAAACACUGACAGUCAACAGGGAAGCAGGCGAGCGGCACGACGGCGACACGCCGGAAGAAGCAACAGCGAGCACAAAACACGUCGGAACCGACCCAACGCUGACAGCAGGGGCGGGGAAGACGACGACGAGGGGUGGAGGAGGAGGAGGAAGAGACACCUGCACCGCGACUCGCUCUCCCUCCCACCCCGCCGCCGUCGCUGCGCCCCUCUUCGGACCCCCCCGUUUCCUCCUCAUUCCUCUCCCACGGACCGCCGCCUCCACCACCUCCGCCGCUUCCUCGUUAAGAUGGCUGACCCCGGCAGCGACGGAGAGGUGGCGGAGGGCGCGCGCGGUUUCGCUCGCCAGGGCGCCCUCCGCCAGAAGAACGUCCACGAGGUGAAGAACCACAAGUUCAUCGCGCGCUUCUUUAAGCAGCCCACCUUCUGCAGCCACUGCACAGACUUCAUCUGGGGCUUCGGCAAGCAAGGAUUCCAGUGCCAAGUGUGCUGUUUUGUGGUCCACAAGCGCUGUCAUGAAUUUGUCACCUUUUCCUGUCCGGGCGCCGACAAGGGACCCGCCUCCGACGAUCCUCGUAGUAAACACAAAUUUAAGGUGCACACAUACUCCAGUCCAACCUUCUGUGACCACUGUGGCUCACUCCUCUACGGCCUGAUACACCAGGGCAUGAAAUGUGACCACUGCAUGAUGAACAUCCACAAGCGCUGCGUGGCCAAUGUCCCGAGCCUGUGCGGGACGGAUCACACCGAGAGGAGAGGGCGCAUCCAGAUCUCGGCUCGGAUCACCGAGGACACGCUGACCGUCACCAUAAAAGAGGCUAAGAACUUGGUCCCCAUGGAUCCCAACGGCCUGUCAGACCCUUACGUGAAACUCAAACUUAUCCCCGACCCCAAGAGUGAGAGCAAGCAGAAGACCAAGACCAUGAAAUGCUGCCUCAACCCGACCUGGAAUGAGACCUUCACUUUCAACCUGAAAGAAAGCGACAAGGACCGCCGUCUGUCUGUAGAGAUCUGGGAUUGGGACCUGACCAGCAGGAACGACUUCAUGGGUUCACUGUCCUUUGGAAUCUCGGAGCUGCAGAAACAAGAAAUCGACGGAUGGUUUAAGCUUCUGUCCCAGGAGGAAGGAGAAUAUUUUAAUGUUCCCGUCCAGCCUGACGGUGAAGAUGGCAAUGAGGAGUUUCGACAAAAGUUUGAAAGGGCAAAAGUGGGUCCGGGGAAGCCGCCAGACUCCUCUUCGUCGUCGUCCGUCAGCAAGUAUGACAGCAACGGCAACCAGGACCGUAUCAAGCUCUCGGACUUCAACUUCAUAAUGGUUCUAGGAAAGGGCAGCUUUGGCAAGGUGAUGCUGGCUGAAAGGAAAGGUACUGAGGAGUUGUAUGCUGUCAAAAUCCUGAAGAAAGACGUGGUGAUCCAGGAUGACGACGUGGAGUGCACCAUGGUUGAGAAGCGGGUCCUUGCUCUUUCUGGAAAGCCACCAUUUCUCACACAACUGCAUUCCUGUUUCCAGACGAUGGACCGACUGUAUUUUGUAAUGGAGUACAUUAAUGGAGGGGACCUCAUGUACCAGAUCCAACAGGUCGGGAAGUUUAAGGAGCCUCAUGCAGUAUUCUAUGCAGCGGAGAUCGCCACAGGCCUCUUCUUCCUCCACUCCAAAGGGAUCGUCUACCGGGAUCUGAAGCUGGACAAUGUGAUGCUCGACUCCGAAGGCCACAUCAAGAUCGCCGAUUUCGGCAUGUGCAAAGAGAACAUGUCUGACGGCGUGACCACCAAGACGUUUUGCGGAACACCAGACUACAUUGCCCCUGAGAUCAUAGCCUACCAGCCUUAUGGGAAGUCUGUGGACUGGUGGGCCUUUGGAGUGCUGCUCUAUGAAAUGCUAGCCGGGCAGCCGCCGUUUGACGGGGAAGACGAAGACGAGUUGUUCCAGUCUAUCAUGGAGCAUCACGUCUCGUACCCGAAAUCAAUGUCCAAAGAAGCUGUCGCCAUCUGCAAGGGGCUGAUGACCAAGCACCCGGGCAAGCGUCUGGGCUGCGGUCCCGAGGGCGAGAGGGACAUCAAGGAGCAUGCCUUCUUCCGUUACAUCGACUGGGAAAAACUGGAGAACAAAGAGGUCCAGCCGCCUUUCAAGCCGAAAUCUAAAUCCCGCCGCGACGUGGGCAACUUCGACAAGGAAUUCACCAAGAUGGCGGUGGAGCUGACGCCGACGGACAAACUCUUCAUCAUGAACCUGGACCAGAACGAAUUUCAAGGCUUCUCCUACACCAACCCCGAGUUUGUUAUACAAGUGUGAUGGGGCGGGGGGAUUUAAAAACCACACCAAAACGUGAACAGACCUGCAGUGUUUUUCUGUCAUCUUGUCACGUCUCGAUCGUCUCGUAAACCGGACUCCAUCCCCCACAAACGUAGGGUGUAAGACUGCACAAGUGAGGGCUGCCUACAGGAGGACACAUUUUUUAUAACGCGGUAGAAAAACAAACACGUGCCACUUAAUUAGAGCGCAGACCUCCGCCAAGGCACAACGGUUCACUAAAGUGCAUAAAAAAUUGUCAGGUUGCCUCGUGUUCCUUUUAUGGGUUUCAUUUGUCCCAACGUUUUGAGUUAAACGAAUAACUCAAAGUAAAGGCAAUUAACAACCCACAAGGCAACCCUUUUGUUUUGUUUCAUACCAAGCAAAGUUUUUUUUUUAAAUAAGUUGUUUCGGUUUUUCAUUCAACUUUUUGGAUUACUCAUUUAACUCAUGUAAAUGUCAGCACAAAUGAAUAAGUCACAAAAGCCACACUUUUUUGGGUUGAAUGAAUAACUCAAAACCUUGGUUCAAAUUGGCACAUGUGGCAGUUGGUCCCUUUUUGACGAGUAAUUGAACAAUUUUUAGACUGUGGGAUUGUGUCAUUCUCAUGAAUCAAAAUCGGAAUUUUUUGCCUCCAUCCCACGAACCAGAUUCUCCUCGUAUCACAUCCUUUUCCUGGCCACCUGUCCACCAGAUUUUGUGGAAAUCGCUCAUGUAACUUUUGUACAAUUGUGAAAACCAACAAGUGGGCAAAAAAAUACAAAUCAAAACCUGUCACUUUUGUGUUUGGCGGAGGUACCAAAAAAAAAAAAAGUUUUCAGGAGUUCAGUGUUGGCUUGUCAACAAGGAGGGCAGCAAUGAAUAAUGGCGCACGUAUGUACAUGUAUUGAUCUGCCGGUACGAGGCACGUUUGUUGUUUAUUUCCUUCUCGUCAUAGUGGGGUCAUGAACAUUCCAUGAUCAAUAAUGUCAUGUAUGUUAUUUGCUCUCACAAAAACACACACUCGGAUGCAAACAUGGAUGUGUCUGUGCAGCACGUAGUCACGGGGUGGGACGGGAACGGGGUGGUCCGGAUUUUCGUCCUGAACUAAAUAGCAUGUCUUGUCUUCCAAAUGGGCUCUUUUUCGCGGUGGCAUCAGACAGCCUGCGCUCUUACUCGAUGAGCUUUACUUUUAUUGAAAUCGCUUUAGAUUGGCUAUACCCUCCUGCGUGUCAUUUCAAAGAGACCCCCGCCCCAUUGGAAAUAAGGGAAAGACGAGCACAACAGUAAUUCAAAUGCUGUCAGUUUUAUCGAACGUGCAAGCAGUUCAUCCUUUAAAGCGGUGGUUGUCAAACUUUUACCACCUAAAAAUUUUUUUACUGAGCUCUGCGAGUACCACUGUCAUGACGUAAUUAAAGUACAGUAGCGUAGUUGUCCCAAAUGUUCAUUAAGAAAAUGGCGUUAUUGGAUAUUGAUAUAUGUUUAAUAUUAGUAAAACGUCAGAAUAACACUGCUUAUUAAUGUGAUAAUUGAUUCAUUGUCAAUUUGCCAAUGGCUUGUUAACCACAUUGAACUAGUAAAGCAAUUUCCUCAUCACCCGCAAUUGUGGUUAGUGGUCAAAACUAUUGGGACACCACCUGAUGUCACUUACGGUGAACUCUCCACGCUCUGAAACAACCCUUUUUGAGGCUGCUCCUUCUGGAAUAAAUGUCUCCCCCACAGAAAAGCAAAAAAUAAAAAUAAUUCGGACAGAAUUUGCUCACCAGAGCUCCUGUGACAACAAAUUUUUAUCAAGGGUAAUUUGGCUCUUCCCUUGGUAUAUUAGGGUAUUUUGCCCGUACGUCGGCUGAGAGCAGAGGCGAUGGCUCGAUUUAAUGUGAAAAGGGCUCACAAAUGCAAAAGCGACUCUUCCCAGAAAAGGGUUCUUGAAGUCACACCACCUUCCAUCUCUCGUCUCCUCUCUGGCAAGUAUAUGCGCUCACCUAUAGUGCUAGAACCGUCUUUGUGGUGCAGCUCCUCCCAUGCAUGCCAAAUUGUAUUUUUUACUUCAUUAAUCCGAUUUAAAAAAAAAAACUUUGUGGACGUAACUGACCAGAGUCAGUGACGAGGAGCUCCUGGGAUUGAUUGUGUGCAAUGAACAUUUAGAAGUAGUUGUACUUGUUAUUAUUCUGUAUGUGUUUCGGUGUAUGUGUAAAUAAGAAUGGACUCCAGUGAGAGGCUGUUCUCACAAACACGUCCUCGACCGUUUUGACUGGUUUCAUAACAGCACCGAGCACUACCUGCUUUUUAUUUUAUUUUAUUUUUAUUAGAGCUCCAAGUGCUGCUUUUGAAUUUCUGAGUGAAGUUCAAAUAGAAUUUGGGGCAAAGGCCCGAUUCCGAUUUUUGGCAUUGUAAAUUUCCGAUAACCGAUUAAAUGGCUGAUUAAUUUGAAAAUGUAGAAAUAAAAUUAUUUUAACUAGAAGAACAAAAAUGAAAAUUGCUUAGUAAAAAAAAAAUUAA